CAGAGCCUACACAAAGCCUGCGAAGUGGCCCGCGUCCACAACUACUACCCGGGCAGCCUAUUCCUCACCUGGGUCAGCUACUACGAGAGCCACAUCAACUCCGACCAGUCCUCGGUCAACGAGUGGAACGCCAUGCAGGAUGUCCAGUCCCACCGCCCAGAUUCCCCGGCACUCUUCACGGACGUCCCCACGGAGCGCGAGCGGACAGAACGCUUGAUCAAGACCAAGCUGCGAGAGAUUAUGAUGCAGAAGGAUCUGGAGAACAUCACGUCCAAGGAGAUCCGAACGGAGCUGGAAAUGCAGAUGGCGUGCAACCUGCGCGAAUUUAAGGAAUUCAUUGACAAUGAAAUGAUCGUCAUUCUGGGCCAGAUGGACAGCCCCACGCAGAUCUUUGACCACGUCUUUCUGGUGAGGCUUUCCUGCCACCGGAUAGUCUCACACAAAUGUACCCCUCACUUCCAGUUCCACUACAAACAACGUCACAACAAGCUCUGGCGUUCACACUCGGACAGUGAUCUCUCCGACCACCACGAGCCCAUCGGCAAAUCGGGCAUGGAGGUCAGCAAAAAGGAAAUCACCACCUCGGCCGACCGCAUCUCUGACAGCAAGUCCUCCGGCAGCCUCGUGGCGGUGCCCGUGGGGAUGGCCGCCAGCCCGCACGGACCUUUGCUGUGCCAUUUGGGCUCCGGGCCUUUGGCGAACCUUCCAGGCAAAGAGAGGGUCAUCCAGUUACAAAUCGCUCCCCGGGAUUUCGAGGCCGAGCAGAUGGAAGACCAGCUGAAUCUGAACAACCUCAACGGGUGCCCUUCCGGCGGCUGCCCGGCGGAGUCCGAGUCGCCCCUCGACAACUGCAACCCACCCGAGAGUUUACUUCAGCAAGGGGGGGGCGCCAUGAAAUCGGCCGGCGGGUUUCCCGAUUUGGCGGUGUCCGAUUUGGAAAACGACGCCCUCAAACCCGGCGACGGGAACGUCCACCUGGUGCCCAUGGAGGAGUUGGAGUCCUGCUUGCGAGACACGCCCAGCCCGCCCGCCAACCUUUCUCAGCCGGAGGAGGAAGAGGAAGAAGAGGAGGAGGAGGAGGAGGAGGAAGAGGAAGAAGAAGAGGAGGAGGAAGCCACGGCCGGAGGAGACUUCGGCACGGAUCGGAUCGACUUCUUCAGCGCUUUGGAGAAGUUUGUGGAGCUCUCGCAGGAGAAAAGGCCCCGGGCCUCAUCCCGGGCGGAAGACGCGGGCAACGGGCGGAAUGGAACGCCCCGGAUCUUGGCCUUGGAGCUGCUGCCUUGCGAUCCCACCGAGCAGGCCCAGCCAAGUGCCUCCGCGGGCAGCUCGCCACAGGCCUCGGAGGCCUCCUCUGUGGAGGAGGAGCAGCUGAAGCUCUCGGAACCAGAGCCAUCCGUGGGCCUGAUCCGCUCCCAUUCCCCUGUCGUCUCGGUCAAAGAAAUCGUCACGGAGAUCGAGUCCAUCCAUCAGGGAGGAUCCCAGGGACCUACCAAGGCAGAGACCACCAGCAAUCCGCUCCCAACGCCCAAGAAGACCCCCCUCCACGAGACCCCAGCCGAGGCGACCUGGCCUUCGAACAACAAGCACGGGAAGGCCGAGGAGGCAGCGGACGCGGCUGGUCCAGUCCCGAAAGAAGCUGCACGAGAACCGUUGAAACCGGAACACAAAGAGUCUUUGUUGCCCCCAACGCUUGCCUCUAAGCCAGACACGGAAGGGAGGGGCUCAGCCGAAGACCCCACAGAAGUCCGAAUCCUCCCUGGGCCCAAAUGGUGUCCCGGUUCUGUCCGACGGGCCACACUGGAGUUUGAAGAACGUCUACGGCAGGAGCAGCAAGAUUUGCAGCACGCUUCUCCGGUCGCCCUUUUCCCCGUCCGGAAGAAUUCCCGGAACGAGUCUGAUUCGGGCGCAAAAGGUAGAAAUGACGAUGCAGCUCACGAGCCAACCCAAUUUUCGAGAAAUAAGGAGAUCUCGAGAACAGGCAACGGCUCUGAGACGGAGACCGUCUCUGAACCUCCAACGUCGUCCGAGCCUUCCCAUCCACCGGAAGUCCCUGCGGAGGUGCCAAGCGUGACCCGCGAACACCGGAUGGUGCUUUGGAUGGAGGGUGACGAGGGACCUCCUCUGCUCAGCCCUCUCCCCAAAAGAAUUGAGAUCAUCGAAUACACGCCCGCUUUGCCAGGCACGGAGGUGGCCGAGAAGGGUAUCACUGCCCGGACCCCGGAGAAGACCGUGGAUGAAAACUGCAAUACCGCUUUCUGUUCGGAGACUCCUGAGUGCAGCCCGGAUUUGUCUGGGACACCAGAACAGGAGGGUGUCCCCUUCAGUGAAGCCCUCUUCUCUUGGGGAAGCCCGAAAGAGGGAGAAACGGGGGAAGCACCGUCCAACCCUGAAGCUCCCUCUUCUUCGGCCAACCAGGCGAGACACUCCCCUCCACCCUGUUCACGUCAAAACUACCGUCUCGGUCUGGAGGGUGUCACUCAGGACAGCACAAGCACCGAGCCUGAGCCAGCUCCCUCGGGGGGCUACGCUGGAAACGGGCACUUCUCCCUGGAGGAGAGGGGAAGGGCCUUCCCGUCCUGGACACGCUGGGACCCCAAUCUGGGAAAAAAUCCUCCGGGCAUUCCCUUGACCUAUCCUCUUCACUGCUCUCUCCCUCGCCGUUCCAGCUGCGACGGCUGCACCAAAGACAACAGCCAGGGGACAGGCCUGGUUAAGCAGCUGGCGAAAGAACUGGAAUCCCGCCUGCGGCAAGCCGGACUCACCGCACCCUCUCAAAUGAAACGCUCGGCGUCUUUGGCCAAACUAGACUCUCUGGGCUCGCUGAAGGACGACUUUCCCCGCGGUGGCUGCUGCCUGCCUACCAGCGCCCGAGCCGUCUCGCCGGAAUCUCUCCGGAUCCCCACGCCGGAUCCAGCCAUCUCUGCCCUGACCCUCCUGUCUCCCGAACCCACCCGGCAUUUGGUGGAACCGGUCAAGCUGUGGGAAUGCCUAGCCCUGAGCCGGCCGGUGGAACGGCCCCUGGCUCAAUUCGCCCAAGACUUCACCCCAACCUGUGGCCCCCCGGAAGGAACGUGGACUUGGGCCCACAGCUUGGGGCAGCCGGCCGCGCUCGCUCGAAAUGCCCCCGUCAGAACUCGGCUGCCCAGGAGGUUAAAAAAAUCUAACGAACGAAAACGAACCACCAACCCCAUCUAUAAUACGAUGUGAUCCCUGCCUCGGUUUCCCCUCCCUUCUCUUAACCCCCUCCUCCUCCUCCCCCCCCUUCAAACUUUUCACAAUCCCUCGCAGAUGUAAUAUAUAUACCGAAACAUGCACUUUAUUAGUUAGGUUAUUGUUUUAUUUGUACGGUCCCUACGUUUUUUUGCAUGUACAUUUUCGAGGCGGCUGAAAUUCGAGUUUAAAAAAACAAAACCCAACCUCCAUCCGUGCGAGUGGACUGCGAGAUGACCCCCCCCCCGUGGCGUUUUUGUGUGUGUGUGUGUUUGUUGUUUUAUUUCGUUUUUGUUCUUCAUUAGGUGGUGGUUGUGUUUGUUUUUUUUUUCUAUGACAAGAUUUUACCUCUAUUUUUUUUUUCCAGCUUUGCCUUAAAAGAACACCCUUUGUUUGCAAAAAAGAAGCCGUCGUGUUUUUUCCCCCUCG